GUACCAAAGAGCUCGGAGCGUGAGAAACGGGUCUCAAGAGACUAGUUGCGAUUUCUCAAUUCAAUUCUCGAAUUUACUUUUUCGGCACCGUUAUAUAUUGCCGCAACUUGAACGUUGUUGACUUCUUUUCUGAAAUCAAUCUUUGCAAAGUUUUAUUUGAUUUUGUGACUUUUAAUUAGAAAAUGGUUGAUUACAGCAAGUGGAAAAAUAUUGAGAUAUCGGAUGAUGAAGAUGAUACUCAUCCAAAUAUUGAUACUCCCAGUCUAUUUCGAUGGCGCCAUCAAGCUCGCCUUGAACGAAUGGCUGAGUUUCAGCAUGAGAAAGAUGAAUCUGAAAGACAUGUUCAAGAAAGUCAAAGAAAAAUCCUAGAUGUCAAAGAAAAAAUAAAAUAUGCAGAAACAAAUAGUGAUAUGAACAUGGAUGAACUUAAAGCUGAACUAUCUAAGCUUGAAGUUGAAGAUAAAAAAUUGCAACAAAAAAGAGAAGAACUUUUAAAAAAGGAAAAGCUUAUGCCGUGGAAUGUAGAUACUAUUAGCCGAGAAGGAUUUACCAAAACUGUCAUCAAUAAAUCACUCCCUCCAAAAAAAGAAGAAUUCACAGAGGAAGAAAAGGCUGAAAGACAGUCAAAAUUUAACAAAGAAAACGAAAAGCUUUUGAAGAAAUUUGGAAUGUUUCGAAAAUAUGAUGAUAGCAAAAAUUUUCUAAAGGAACAUCCACAUCUUGCCUGUGAAGAAACUGCAAAUUAUCUAGUUUUGUGGUGCAUUAAUCUGGAAGUAGAAGAGAAACAUGAAUUGAUGGAACAUGUAGCACAUCAAUGCAUUUGCAUGCAGUUUAUAUUAGAACUAUCUAAGCACCUGAGUGUUGAUCCUCGAUCCUGCAUUAACUCUUUCUUUUCUAGAAUCCAGAUGGCAGAUGGUGAAUAUAAAGAUGCUUUCUAUGCUGAACUUGAGUCUUUCAAGCAGCGUGUUAGAGAUCGUGCAAAAGCUAGGAUCCAGAAGCUUAUUGAAGAAGCUGAAGAAGAGGAAAGACAACAGAGGUUAGGUCCUGGUGGGUUAGAUCCUUUAGAAGUACUAGAAUCUCUUCCUGAAGCUUUAAAAACAUGUUUUGAAUCGAAAGAUAUCGAGCUUCUUCAAAAAACAAUAGCAACAAUGCCCGAAGAUGAGGCAAGAUACCACAUAAAUCGCUGUGUUGAUUCUGGCCUCUGGAUUCCGGAUGCUAAAAAAGCAGAACAAGAGGCUGCUGAAGCAAAAGCUGCUGAAGUAGCUGAGCAAUGAUUCAUCGAAAAUAACAUAGUAUCUUAAAAAUGUACUGUUUAAAUUAGUAAAUGAAUGAUUGCAAAACUCAGUUGCACAUGGCUUUUGCAAGCACUCUUUUAAGUUUUAACUAGUGAGCGAAUGCAAUCAUAAAAUUUUGUACCUCUUGCUUUUUUUAAAAAGAAGUACUGAAGUUAAUAUAAUGACUAUUUUGUGAAAAGUUAGUUUACAUUUUAUUACAUUUUCCUUUCUUUCUUUUAAAUAUAUUUGUUACUAAAUUAAUGGAAUUUUUUAAUUUUUUUUUUUUGCUUUGUAAAAGUGCCAUGUGAAGACUCAAAUCUCCUUUAACUAAUGAUUAAAUUGAUACUAAAUAGCUUUUUUUUUUUCUUGAAAGUUCUAGGGGCUUUUAUUCAUUUUUUUGGUUCUAUAAUGUUAAGUUGAAAUACGUUCAGUUUGUUCAUAAUUAUGAAGUAAUUCACGUAAUGCUGUUAAUCAAAAGUUUGGUUAAAGUUUGAGAUUUUAUAAUACUUUAAAUCAAAAAUGUAUGGUAAACACAAUAAAUAGCCUUAUUCUUCAACUAAAGAAUUUCAAAAGUUUUCUUUUUUUCCCUUUUUUUUUUUAAAUAUAUAGGAUGAUUUAGGAUAUUGUGUUAAAUAAACAGCUACUUAGGUAAUUUUCACAAAAUUUUAAUUGUUAUAUUUAGAUGUAAUGUAGAUUAGUUUCUUUAACCAAAGAUUGUGACACUAAGUUCAAUUGAGUUGUUGCAUUUUGGAUGGGUGAAAAACAUGUAGUUUUUUUUUCACAAAUAACUAACUUUAAACACAGAUAAAAAUUUGCAAAAUAGCAAUUUAGUUUAUUUGCAUGCUUUUUUCUUCACAAAGUUUAGCUUAAAAAUUAAAUUUUUCUGAAAAGAAGAAAGAUUUUUAAUUUAUUUUUAAUACCUUUAAUUAUUUUUAGUGGAUUUUUUCAAAAAGUUCAAUGCGUAAAAGAUGAAUUAAGAAAAUAUUAAAAUACAAGUAAAAAGGAUAUUUUUUUUUAUUUAAGUCUUUUAAGGAAAGAAUAAUUAAACAUAUAUUUCUGAACAUAACCUGGGGAGUUUUCUGAGAAUUUUUGUAAUCUAAAGUGGGGGUUUGGCUUAUGUUGGAUCCUUUAAUUUCAUAAAAUUUCAUGUGAACAUCUCAAUUUUUUAAAAUCUCUCUCUCUGUACGUACAUAUUCACAAACAUACUAUGCAAUAUAUAACACCAUUGAUUGCUUUUAAAAAUUCUCUCUGGAAUGAAAUAUCAAGUUGAAAAAUCUUAAUGUAGAUCUUAUUUUUAUACUGUGUAACCCUUAUCUUUUUCUGUUUAAUUUUUUCAAACAUUUCCUCCACUGAAAAUGCUUUUUAAUUUUCCAAAAACCUUGGUAAUGCAAGAAAUUGUUUAAAUAUUUAUAUUGUAUUUUUUACUCUUUUUGCAAGUCAAAAUACUGAGAUUGAAUUUAUGAAGGUGUCGAAAAAAAAUUCAAUGUUAGUGUAAAUAAUUUUUGACAUUGCAGAAAAUCUUUGAAGAAAAUAAAGAUUGAUAUAUUAGCUUAUUAUUUUAGAAUUGCAAUGUUUGAAGAUUUUUAGUACAAUGAUAUUUUAAAACAUUUAUUAUUUUUUAAACAAAGCUGAAAUUUUUUAAAAGCCCUUAUGACUCAAGAAAUGUUUUGUUUUGAAUUAAUAUUUCAGUUUAUUGGGCAUGAUAUUUUAGACUUCAUAUUUUUAUUAAUGCUACAUCCUAAUAUAACUUAUAAUUUAAUAUUAUCGCAUUAUAACUUAUAAUUUAAUGUAUCGCAAGUUUUGUUUUUAAAAUUGACUGUGUGUUUGAUUUCUGUAUUUCAAAAAUCUGUCCGCUUUUCUAAGCAUCUAAAACUGUCUUUUAUAAAGACUUAAAUCUUUAUUUGUAGCUGGACUUAAUUUGAGCUUCAAUCAGAUUACUUAUAAAAUGUUACAAAAUAUCUCUUCCUGUUGGUUAUACCAUCAGUAUGUAACAUGAAGUUAUUUUUGUAAUUGUUCUAAAUUUGAAUGAAGGCUCUGUUUUGAAAUAAUAAUACUCAUACUUGCAUUAUAAAAGUUAUUAUUGUAUAAUAAAAGUUUACUU